AUGGAUAUGGAGUCAUUCCAAGCAAAAUGUAUUACUCUUUUAUAUAACCUUAGAUUCUUUUUCAGAUGUAUGUAUCUAUAUAGCAUUUCUUGUGAUUAUCAUGCAUUAAUCUCUAUUUGUUUUGUUUAUUAUCAAAUCAACAGUACCUUUAGCUCUUUUAAAUAUAGUUGUAAUUGUAUUCCUGCUUAUAUUUGGUUAGAUUCAUUCAAAAAAGAAAAAGAAAAACAAACAAAUAUAUAUAGUUACUUUUAA